AUGCCUGCUCUGAUGAUGGCCUGGAAGAGAAGCGUCCAUGGUGGCUGCAGCGAUGACUCAGGCCUGUGGGGUGGAGAAGAGAAGGCAGGACAGGGCACAGAGGAGCCAGGGUUGGAGGAAGCAGGCCUGGGCGGCCGGCUGCAGCUGCACCACCUGGGCAGGCCCAGCCUGGCCCGGCCCUCAGUGUCCAGCCAGGUCUGGAUUCCUGACCGUGGCCACCACAAGAGGAUGUGGUCUCCAGCAGCCAUUGCCCAGAGCCUGAGGCAGAGGAACCCCUACUUCUGGGUCCUGGGCACUGUUGAACCCUGGAUCCUGAGGCAGCACUGGCCCCUGAUGCUGCUGGGCCUGGCCGUGGGUGCCCAUGGCCUGCUGUCCUCGACCACGGCACCUCACAGCAGGGCUCCAAGCUCUGGAGCCCCAACAAGGAGCAGCCCUAGGAGCCUGUGGGGAAGGUUCCUGCUCAGGACCGGCCCCCAGGGGACAGGCCCCAGGUGUUGGCCCGGCAGGUUUUGGUCCGAUCUUCAGUCGCCGUGGUACGUCUUCAGCAGCGGGACCCAGCUCACCGUCCUGGGUCAGCCCGCGUCCGCACCCUCGGUCACUCUGUUCCCGCCCUCCCCUGCGGAGCUCCACACCAACAAGGCCACGCUGGUGUGUCUCAUCAGCGACUUCUACCCGGGCAGCGUGAUGGUGGCCUGGAAGGCAAAUGGCAACCCUGUCAGCCAGGGCGUGGAGACCACCAAGCCCUGGAGACAGAGCAACAACAAGUAUGCUGCCAGCAGCUACCUGAGCCUGACGCCCGACAAGUGGAAAUCCGGCGGCAGCUACAGCUGCCAGGUCACGCACGAGGGGGGCACCGUGGAGAAGACCGUGGUCCCCGCGGAGUGUUCCUAGGGCCCUGAGCCCCCCACCCUCGGGGGCUGGAGUCUUGGCACCUCUGGGAGGGUCUUUCCUUCCACCUGAGUCAUCCCCAGCCCCAGCCCGGCUCCCUGAACCCAAUCAAUCCUCAAAACGUUCUUGUCAAUCAGAACCCAUGCUCUCUGCUCAUUCUUUUCUAGUCUCGUAUUUAACCUGUGGCUUCCCCUGCUUCUCGGGGUGGGUGGGAGAAUCCUUUGUGCCCAGCAGGAGUUUCCUGGGGCACCUCCCAGGAACCUGACCAGGAUACAAGGAGUCCGGUCACCAUUCAGUCCCUCUGCCCUCUCCUUCCCAGUUCCUCCUCCAGCCCAUUAUGUCCCUCCCUCCUGGUCGGACGGACGGAGCUGGCCAUGGCCGGUGACCACCAGA